AUGGAAGAUAUUAUUCGAAAAUUGACGCACGAUAAUCGCAAAUUUAACUCUGAAUGGAAGAAAAUUGAAAAUGAAUUAGAAGAAAAAUGUGACAAAGGUAAUAUAUCAUCGAUUGUUGAUGCUCUUGCUGAAUACAUUCUUCAAGAACCACAGACGUCCUGUCCAUCCGAACUAAAAUUUACAUUUGUUACACGUAUUAUCGAUGCCCUUGAUUAUGAAAAUAAGAAAAAAAGCAAUAAAUCACUUUUCGAUUAUGUUUUUCAAGUGUUUAUACGAGUAUUUGAUCAAGGUCAAAUUGAUCUAUGGCAUUUGGCUUUUCUCCAAGAACUAUAUCUACAUUUUAAAAUGGGAGAAUAUCUCUCACAAAGAAUACUACUUAUCGAACAAUUACUUCUUAGUCUACAGAAACAUUCAUUUACACUCACAUCUAAAAAUCAAUCCAUAUUAGAGUCCUGGGAAAAUUUCUGGUGUCAUGAUGUUUUCGAUAGUGAUUUAUUGAAUGAGAAGAUUUUUGAAACAAUGAAAGAAAAAUUUCAACAACUUUGCCGAUUUUCAGCUCGUAAUUCUUCUUCAUCACCAUUCUGGUCUAAAAUAACGUCACAUUUAAUAGAUUAUCUUCCCGAAUUAUUUAAUUCUUACAUCAAUCCAAUUGAUGCUCAAGUUGAUUUAGGCAUAUAUUGUAUUGCUGAAAACUCCGAUUAUAAAGAACUUAUUCAAAAAAAAUUUUCUAAUCAAGUCAAUUUAUUCAUAGUAAAUUAUCCUCAAGUUGUUCUUAUGAUUGAAAGUCUAUUACUAAAAAAUAACAUUAAAGAAGCAGACGGUUUUUUUAACGAUGUUCUUUUAAAACAUUUCUCAGCUAUUCCAAAUCUUGAAUCUUUGCUUCAAAUGUUUAUUCGAAUUUCACCAAAAAUAUCAAUUGAACAGCGAGAAGAAUUUACAAGACAAAUUCUUUCAGAUUUAUCUUCUAAAUUGAAAAACACAAAAGCAAAUAAAAAACUAUGGCCAUUAUUCUUUGAUUUCGCUAUUGUGAUACUCGAAUUGCAUAGCUCCGAAGCACCAUUUUGUGCAGACGAAUUACUCAUAAAAGAAAAUUUUUAUCCUUGGAAAGAACUCGGAAAACGUUUGGAUAAAAUUAUUUAUCUAUGUGGAAGUUAUGAUGAUUUUAUUCUCAGUGAACAAUCAUACUUUAAUAAAUUUGACCAUCUCAAUGAUAUUCUCAGUACGAUAUAUGAUCGAGCAAAAGUGAAUAACAACCUCUUUCACGAGACACAUUCUCAUGCUCUUAAAUACAGUCUUCGAUGGGCAUCUCCACCAAAAAAAUCUUAUGCAAAUAAACAGCAAUGGACAAUUCAUGUUUAUAAAAUGGGAAUAUUUAUGAUUAAACUAAUCGAUCGAAAACAAAUUACAUUAGAUAUAUAUUCUCAACUUCUUCAAAAACUUUAUAUUCGAUUACAACUUGAAAAUGAUAUAAAUGAUGAGACCGAGGGAACAGAACAAGAAUUUUUUACUAAUUUGGCUGAAUAUCUUAGCAUUUACACAGAAAUUCUCAAAACACUUUCACCUUCGAUUCAUCAUACACUCAAUUCUAUUUUUCUUGUCAUUCUUGAUCAACCACGACAAAAUGAAAAUGGAUCAGUAUCUUUUGGGCAUGCAAUUUUCGAUCUAUUAUGGUCAAAGUUUCCUGAAACGAUAAUCACGGAGAAAGAUGCUCGAAUAUAUGAGCCAUCAGUUUCAAAACUAUAUACUGUUGCAAGAAAUGAAGAAAAAGAUGAAACAGAUCUUUUUCGAUGUUGGUCUACAUUUUGGAAUACAAUCGGAGUGCGUUUUCCUCAAGUCGCGACUAAUCAAGUCGAAACAUUAUUAGAUGAAUUUAUUGAUAGAGAUCAAUUUGAUUUUAUAUCUCUAUUACAAAAUCUCUAUUCACAGCGACCUGAACCAUUUCAUGCACGUAUUAACAAAAUGAUUCAAGUUUUGUUUCAAAGCAAUAUCAUCACACAAUCUCGUGGUGUUUAUUUACUUUUACUUCAAACUAUCGGAAAACAUCAUCCGGAAAUAAUUUCUUCGGCACAUAUCGAUCUUAUUUUUACUUCUCUUUUCAAAAUAAAACCCAAACUAACUGAUGCUGAACUUCAUGGUCUAUUUCAAUUUCUGACUCCAGUUGCUAGUAUACAACCGAAUCUUUUUGACAAACAUCAGAAAGAUAUAAUUCGGAUUGCAACAGAAACUCAAAAUACGUCGGUCUUCUAUUGUCUUGAACAAUAUUUCAUUUCAUCGACUAUUAUCAAUGGAGAAAACGUAGCCAAGAAUCAUAUCGACAAACUCAUUCGUUUAUUACAACGUAAAGAUGGUUGUACACAAUAUAACCGAAAUUUAAUGAUACAUGCUUGUGAACUGAUUGGCAUUCGCCAUAAACAAGUAGUUGAAGAAAAACGAGCGGAUUUUGUUGCACUCGAUUGUUUGCAAUUGGUACAUUUUAUUGAUAAUACUAAAAUGACGAAAGAAAAUCAACAAAUAUUAGAACAAUCUCGCCAAGAAAUUGAAACUAUUGAAAGAAAAGUUCGAAAAACCGAAACAAAUGUUCAACAAAUUAGAUCAACGGUCAAACAGCAAGAACUCAAAGUGACAAAUAUGAAAGCACAUGUUGGUACCAUUGAUACACGACUUCAAGAUGUAACUGAACAAGUAGACAUUCAUCAAAAAGAAAUCGAACGUAUUGAUGCGAAAACGCUCAGUCAUGUUCCAAUUUGGGCUAGUGAUGUUUGUAAAUUACUCAAUCGUCGUACAUCAAACGAUUGGCGUUUACUUGGAAGACGUUUUGGAUAUUCAUCGAGCGAGUUACGACAUUGGUCCACUCAAUUUGAUCCUUGCAUGGCUCUGCUCAAUGAAUGGUAUAUGACACAUAAAAGUGAUGAAGCCACCUUUGGUUUAGUGAAAGUACUUAAAGAAAUCGGUCGCAAAGAUGUUGAAGACAUUAUUCAAAAAAGUGUCAGAGAUGCAGGAGAAACGAUACCUGAUGAGAUAGCUGAUUUUGAUAUACAUCGGCUUCCACCAAUCUUUCUUUCCUAUCAAUGGAAUUCACAAGCGAUGCUUUCUCAACUGAAAGGUCGUCUUGAAGAAGCUGGUUAUUCUUGUUGGAUGGAUGUCGGUCAAAUGGGUGGAGGUUCUAAACUCCAUUCAAAAAUUGAUAAAGGUAUUCGAGGUGCUAAAGUUGUUCUUUGUUGUAUGAAUAAAGACUAUGGAAAGUCAGAUUCGUGUGUUGGUCAAGUCAAUUUAGCUAUUAGCAUAGGUAAACCGUUAAUUCCCAUACAAAUGGAAAAACAAACAUGGCCACCUGAAGGUGCACUUGGCCCAUUGAUGAGUGAAUAUUUAUUUAUUCGAUUCUUUGAUAAAAAAGCAAUAAAUGAUCCGAAUUAUUGGCCCGAUGACAAAUUUACAGAACUGCUAGGAGCAAUCCGAUACUAUGUAGCACCAGAUCCUGAUAUGAUUACUGAACGAUAUAAGAAUUGGUUUAUGCCUCGUGUGGAAAAUUUGAUCUUUCUCAAGCAGCUUGAUAAGGGAACAACAAAAUUGCAGGAUAGCACACAAUCGUCACUUGCCGAUAUUCCUCUUCUGAUAUCUCAUCCGCAAAUAAUGAUUUCUUAUCAAUGGGAUCGUCAAUCAGAUAUUUUAGUUUUAUACAAACGAUUAACUGAACUUGGUUAUCGUGUUUGGUUAGAUAUAUUUCAAAUGGGUGGUGGAGAUUCUUUGUUUGCUAAAAUUGAUGCAGGUAUUCGAAAUGCGCAAUGCGUUCUUGCCUGUGUUACACCAAAAUAUACUCUGUCAACAAAUUGCCGGCGAGAAAUGUCGUUGGCUGAUGCUCUUGGAAAAUCGAUUAUUCCAUUGCUUUUGGAAUCGUUAAACGAAGAUUGGCCACCAGUAGGACCGAUGGCUUUGGUAUUCACCGGUAAAGUUUACAUCGAUUUCCGGUCUUGCCAGAACAAUGAUAUGUGGCAAGGCAAAGAAUAUGAUCAAAUACUAGUAAAAUUAAAACAAUUGAUACCUGAAGUUCAAAUUGAACACCCAAAGAAACAUUUAGUCGACGUAAAAAAACCAUCAUCAACUGCUCGUCUCAACAAAACAACUACUACAGCAACAUCAACACUUCCUGUGAAACGAAUACGCAGUUCACCCACUGCUCCACAAAGUCGUGCAUGCUUGAUUUUGUAA